AUGCCAGGCGCGCUAGCGGCCGAGGAGGAGGCGGCGGCGGUUAUCCCGCAGAAUCCGCCUUCGAAUCCGGCAUUCGAAGAGGAGGAAGGAUUGGGAGAUGACGUGGAGGAAGGCGAGGAAGCAACGGAGGAGAAAGGGGCGGGAGGACAGAAGAGCAAGAAGAAGAAGAAAAAGAAGGGCAAGAAGGGAGGUGGGGCGCAGCAGCAGGGGCAGGAGGAGGGUGCGGGUGGGGUUGUGGAGAGUGGGGAGGCAGCAUCGAAAGCGGAAGGAGCAGCGGAGGGAGGGGCGGAAGGGGAGGGCGGUGAUGGUGGCGGAGCAGAGGAAGCGGGUGAAGGCACAGCCACCAAGAAAAAGCGCAAGCCUAGGUGA